AUGGCCACCGAUGAAGGGCGUAAGCGUUCAUACAUUGGAGUGUCCAUUUUUAAUCGACCGCACUGGCAAGUACUAUUGUUACUGGCGACAUUUUGUGAUAUUGUUGGCGCACAGAUUCGUUACUCUAUUCCAGAGGAGAUGAAGGUUGGCUCGCUUAUUGGGAAUGUUGCUCAAGACCUGGGACUUGAUGUGAAGAGGCUUAGAUCGGGCCGUGCCCACAUCGUCACUGAAAGCGUACAGUACACGGAGCUCAAGUCAGACAAAGGGAUCCUGGUUGUGAGCGAGCGAAUAGACCGAGAGCAGCUAUGCGGCGAAAUCACCCCAUGCAGCUUCAGUUUUGAGAUCAUUCUAGAAAAUCCAAUGGAACUACACCAGGUCACAGUUGAAAUACUUGAUAUAAAUGAUAAUACGCCUGUAUUUCGGAAAACUGAAAUCCAUUUUGAGAUAAGUGAAGCAGCUACACUUGGCUCGCGCUUUGUGCUGGGGAGUGCCGAUGAUCCCGACGUCGGAAUAAAUGCACUUCAGAAUUAUAUCCUUUCUCAAAAUGCGCAUUUUAUUCUAAAACAGCAGUCGAAUCCAGAUGGUAGUAAAUAUGCAGAAAUGGUUCUCCAGAAAGCUUUAGACAGAGAAGAGAAUCCACGGCUUUCUUUAAAGCUCGUAGCAGUCGACGGCGGAAAUCCGCAAAGAUCUGGUACCGUAAAUAUAGACGUCACCGUACUAGACAAUAAUGACAAUGUCCCCGUGUUUAACCAGACCGUGUAUAAAUCCACUGUUAUGGAAAAUGCACAGAGAGGUACUUAUGUGAUGACAGUUAAUGCAACGGAUGCUGACGCCGGUUCCAAUGGAAUGAUAGUGUACUCUUUCAGUGAUCUGAAGGAGGAUUUAAAACAAAUAUUUAACAUCGACGAGACCACAGGCACGAUUUCUGUUAACGGUGCUAUCGACUUUGAACAAAAUAAACGAUAUGAAAUACGAGUUGAAGCAAAAGACCAAGGAGGAUUCACUGGUACAAGUAAGGUUAUCAUAGAAGUUAUAGAUAUUAAUGAUAAUCCGCCAGUUAUGAACGUCAGGUCUUUUUCGACACCCGUGUCUGAGGAUUCUCCCAUAGGAACGACAAUAGCAAUACUAAAUGUCAAAGAUGCUGAUUCUGGUAAAAAUGGUGAGGUUACUUGUUCAAUAGACAGAGGUCUUCCAUUCAAUAUUAAAUCAUCUCUAGCAAAUUAUUAUACUUUAGUCACGGACGCAUUAUUUGACCGCGAAACAUUGUCUGAGUAUAACAUCACCAUAACAGCUAUCGACUCCGGAUCCCCCCCUCUUUCUACUGUCAAGACACUGCGCCUAACGCUAUCUGAUGUAAAUGAUAACGCACCAGUUUUCGAGCAGAAAACGUAUUCAGUGUAUUUAAUGGAAAACAAUUCUCCUGGAUUGUCCAUUUUCACAGUAAGGGCGAGAGAUUUGGAUGCGAAUCAAAAUGCCAGAAUCUCAUAUUACCUAGAUGAAAAGCAGAGCGAUGGAACUUCGACAUCUUCUUAUUUAUCUAUAAAUUCUGAAACAGGAGUUUUGCAUGCUGUGCGUUCCUUUGACUUUGAGCAAAUUAAGCAGCUAAGUUUUAUCGUGAAAGCUCAAGACGGUGGCUCACCUCCUCUGAGCAGUAACGCCACUCUUAACAUGAUCAUCCAGGAUCGAAAUGACAAUGCGCCUCAAAUUCUUUAUCCGAUACAAUCUAGUGGAUCCCUUUUGGCUGAGAUUGUGCCUCGGUCAGCAGAUGUGGGCUACCUCGUCACCAAGGUGGUGGCUGUUGAUGUGGACUCUGGACAGAAUGCCUGGCUGUCUUAUAAACUACAUAAAACUGCGGAGAGAGCCUUGUUUGAGGUAGGCGCUCAGAAUGGAGAAAUAAGAACUAUUCGACAAAUUACUGACAAGGACACAGUAAAGCAGAGACUAACAGUUGUUGUGGAGGACAACGGAAAGCCCUCUCGCUCAGCAACAGUCAAUGUUAACGUGGCUUUGGCGGACAGCUUUCCAGAAGUGCUCUCGGAGUUCACUGACAUGACGCAUGACAAAGAGUACAACGACAAUCUGACCUUUUAUCUGGUCCUGGCUUUAGCCGUUGUCUCAUUUCUUUUCAUCGUGUCUAUCAUCUCAAUCCUGUCAGUGAAGUGCUACAGAUGGAGACGUGAGCGGAUUUUUUAUAAAUCUAACGGAAAUCUGCCAGUCAUUCCGUAUUACCCGCCCCUUUACGCAGACGUAGGAGGCACGGGUACUUUACAGCAUGUAUAUAAUUACGAGGUGUGCAGAACAAUGGACUCCAGAAAAAGUGAUCUGCAAUACCCUAGACCUUGUAGUGAAAGCAUCAUAAGCCUGGACACGUGUGGAAAAGAUACACUCUCACGUGCCAACAGGGAGAGACUGACCAUGGAUGAUACUACCCAUCAGGUGAGCUGCAUAUCUUUACUUGACAACGUUCUGUUAUCGUGUUCUUUUCCCCUCCUGUGUAUUUAA